AUGUAUCGCCCAGUUCUCGAUGGUCAGCUGGUCAAGCCAAACAGUGCUUCGACCUCGACCCGCCAGAACAACGACAGCGACAAUUCAGACAAUACCGUGCCGGGGCUGCAACAAGUCGAAAUCGCUCGCAAGCGCUAUCUUCAGGCCAUUGAAGCAAAUGAGGAAGCCAGGCGUCAGUACGCAGAGGUUGCAGCACGGGCGCAAAUAUUUGGCCAUGAGGAUUCCACUCCCGCUAGAGGGGACCGGGAAGCACGGCUGUCCCUGCUCAUUGCACGACGCCAAUUAUUACGGCUACAGGAACGACAUAGUAGCUUGGUGUGUUUAACAGAAGAUUUGGAUGCUUUCAAGCAUUCUCGAAGUGUGUCGACUUUGGAUAUUUCGGGGUCCACAAAUGCAACCACGCAUCAACCCGAGGAUCUUACUGCUCAGAUUCAAGAGGCAACCGAUUAUGUCAAACAGUUGGUGACGGAACUGGAGUUUGCAGUCCUUCGAGCACGACAUCAAGCCAAGUGGCAGAGGCAAGCACUGGAUUCCUUGAAGCAGACCCAGGAUUCAUCGACUGCUUUACCAAGUGAAGAACAACGUCUGUCAGCAUUGCAGCAAACUCGAAGUCAACUGACAACUUGGGUGGAGGAGAAUUUGGACAAAUGUCAACAUGGAAAUGAUGAAGAUCGAGGUUAUGUCGUGGAAGAAUCUAACGGUGACGAGCCAAUAUCAUGGGAGCAGGUCAUCGACCACGAGUACGAAAAUUACCUGGAAGCAAGAAGACAAGUGGUUUCUCUCGAACAAAAGCUUCGGUCUGAGCUUCCACGGGCGCCCAAGAGUCUUGGACUUGAUCAGUCACAGCCUCUGGCGGCAGGGCAGAACGGUGCAAGAAAUGAUCAGGCAGAUCUCGUGGCCAUUCUGAACCUGAUUGAGAAAACAAUAUUGCCGCUCCGACAACAAGAAAGCAGAGCCAAUGCCCACAAAAAUCUGUCAGACGAGCAACAAUCAAGUCUGGAUGUCAGGUUGGCCCAGAUGGUCGAUAGAGUCAGUGACGAGAGCCAACUACUACAAGCUUUCCCGAUGCUGGCGCACUCAGGGCGUCUCAAGCAUGCCGCGACGGUGUUUGGCAAAAUGGAAGCUGAGCAUCAAGAUGAUAUCUCGAGUCGUCUUCAACCCUGGCUUUUUGCCGCCGAGGCGGCUGAUAUCGCGUCAACAGCCACUCUCGACACGCAUAUGAAGCAAGGCAAUGAGGCUAUGAAUUCUAUCUCACGGAGUUUGAACGAACUAAGGCUACUACACGAGGCCGACGGGUGA